AUGAGGAAGUACGUCCCCGAUAAGUAUCGCGCCGCGAUCGCGGACGUUCGACCCGGGGCGCAUGACUACGUCGGAGGCGUCUGCGCGACGUCGCAAGUUUUGCGACACGUCGCUCGGUACGCGUCGUUGGCGCCAAUGGUUCUCCUCGGCGCGCCCGCGCUCGCGCGCGGCGUCGCGCUCGCGAUGCUCUCGUGCGUCGUCGCGUUCGCGCUCGCCGCGCCGGCGAUGCUCGCGCUCGCGUGGAUGACGUGGAGAAGGCUCGGGCACCCCGCGCCGGCGACGCGCUUCGAGCCGCGCGUCGAAGACGACGACGACGACGACGACGACGACGACGACGACGACGACGACGACGACGCGACGCGAACGGAGGACGACGCUUCCCCGACCAACGCGAGCCCACGACGACGCCCCGUCCGACGCGUCGCCGUCAUCGGCGGCGGCGCCGCGGGCCUCGCGACGCUCCGCCAGCUCCUGGACGUCGGCGUCGACGCGACGCUGUUCGAACGAAGCGACGACGUCGGCGGGCUGUGGAGCUACGACGACCGGCGCGCGUGCAAGGUGUUCGACAACGUCCUGCAGAACGUCACGAAGCACCACAACAGAUUCGCCGGGCACGCCGCGCCCGCGCACUGGCCCGUGUACCUCGGGCACAGGCACACGCUCGAGUACCUCCGGUCGUUCGCGAAGCGCUUCGGCCUGCGCGCGCGCGUCAGGCUGCGGAGCGAAGUCUCUCGCGUCGAGAAAAACGUCGACGACGGCUCGUUCUCCGUGACGGUUCGAAGAACGGAGGCGUUCCCCGCGUUCGUCAACGACAAAGCGAAAGCGAAAGCGAAAGCGAACGCGAACGCGACGACGAAGAAGAAACCGCGGUACGCGAGCUGCGCGUUUUUCCCGCCGCCCGAGAAUAACGCGCCCGAAGAAACCCCGGACGAGGAGACGCACGUCUUCGACGCCGUCUGCGUCUGCACCGGUCAGCUCUCGAGACCGAAGAAGAUCUCGUGCCCGGGGAUCGAAUCGUUCCCCGGGAAGGUGAUGCACUCGUCCGCGUACCGCGUCCCGGGCGACCUCGCGCGGAAGCGCGUGUUGAUCGUCGGCGUCGGCGCGGCGUCCGGGUCCGACGUGGCGCAGGACGCGUGCGGCGCGGCGCGCUCGGUGACCGUCGCCGCGCGCACGGACCGGUGGAUCCUCUCGCGCGGGUUAUCUCAAGGGCACCCGACGUUGCUGCUGCUGCUCACGACGUGGAUGCCCGCGUGGUUGGGCGUGCUGCUCGUGCUGUACGGCGACUGGAUCCCGUGCCUCAGAGUCCUCGCCGCCGGGAUGACAGACUCGAGGGAUUUUCUCACCUCCGUCGCGCUCAGGAAGAUCGCCGUCGUGAAGUCCACGGUCGCGAACGUCUCCGGCUCGACCGUCACGUUCCGCGACGGCACGUCCGGGACCUUCGACGCGAUCGUGUUCGCGACCGGGUACGCCCGCGACGUCCCGUUCAUGCCGAAACGUUUACGACCGGAGGCGACGGGGCUGUACAAAGGCGUCUUCGCGCCGAGCGACCCUCGCGUCGCGUACGUGCUCUUCGUGCUGCCGUUCGGGUCGCACUUCCAAGUCGCGGAGCUCCAAGCGCGGUGGAUCGCGAUGACGUUCGCGGGCGCGCUCGGCCUCCCGAGCGCGGAGGUCAUGGAAGCGCACGCGAGGGACAUGGAGGACGAGGGGCACGGGAAGCUCGGGGAGUUCCACCGCGUGCAGUUUUGGCGCCUGUGCCAAAAGCCAAACGCCGUCUUCGACGCGAUCAAGUCGUGUAUCGCGCGGCCGCGACGCGCGACGAGCGUCGCGUGGGCGCGGUACGCCGCGCCGUUCCAGGAGUGGGACCCGGCGUUCGGCGCGGGGAGUCGCGAAGGCGAAGGCGAAGGCGGCGACGCGCGUCUGACGCGCGGGCAAGCGCGGUUCACGGACGGGGAGUUCGGCGUCCCCGCGUGGGGCGCGUGGAAGUUCGCGUGA